AUGAAGUGGUUAUCAGCUUUGUCCGUACAGGCCUUCCUGGCCGUCGUUCCUGAGCUCGCAAGAGCCAGCAACUACUUGCCUGGCACCACUUGGACGAUAUGUGCGAACUCGUCAACAACGUGCGCCCAGGCUAAUGUCACAUUUGCCUACCUUUACUCCUAUCCAUUCUACCCCUUCGCUUUGGCAGUGCAAGGAACGCCAAACGCGACGACGAACACCUUGAUCCAUCAGCGGGAGUUAGUCACAGCGGCCCAGACCUGGGUGGUCAAGCCGAAUGUCGACACUCUCUACUCCAGGUCGUUCCUCGACCUCUCAUCUUCCGAUUUGGAAGUCACGAUUCCAGAAAUCGAUGAUCGUUACUGGAACUAUUCCGCCGGCGUGUACCUCGUGCAACACGAUGCUAACAGAGCUGCGGGCGUAUACAAAACAAACGACUCGAGCCAUUACCAGGCAGUGGUGAACCUUCCCACACCAUACGCCAUAUCGAUAAUACGCAUUGCCGUCAAAAGCCAGAACAAUGAUACAGAUCUGGAAAUCAUCAACUCGGCACAGGAUCGGUUCAACAUUACGGUCCUGCCACCAAGAGACUGUGCAAAUCCAUCAGCACCAGCCCUGGACCUGAGCAUGUUCUCUGACCCAGCGGUGGCACCUAAUGCGUUCCAAUCCCUCGAGGAAGGGAUACUUCGGCUAGGGGCAAAACUCACACGAUACAACCCCGCCGAGGAACCGGCCGAUCGAGCCUGGGUGGAAGAGACCCUUACAGCAGCGGGCUUCGUCAAUGGCACCUUCGUGCAACCGACAGGUACAAACCUCACGGCCGCCGUCCAGGCAGCCAACCAGUCUGUUACCGCCCAACAAACCGUUCCAGGAUUCAAUAUCAACCUUGGCGACCAGUGGACCAUAAAGAACAAUUCCUACCAGGCCGACUUCCACAGCGCCUACUUCGCACGGUACUCAGUCGCGGCCGGGGGAUAUCUGGCCCUGACAGGAGACCAGGUGUUGUAUCCAGUUUUCUCCGGCUCAACCAGAUUCAACUCCUCAAACGAGGCGCUGCUCGUCACCUUCCCAGCGAAGCCCACACUUGCGGACCUGGGGUUCUGGAGUCUGACCGUGUACGACGCCAGGGGCUAUCUGGUCCCCAGCGAUAUAAACGUCUACGCCCUGGGUGAUCGCAGCAACCUGACGAUGGCGGAUGGAACCAAGUAUGCUGACGGAGGGGAUGGGCCGUUCCAGGUGCUGAUACAGCCCAGCGACGUCGUGCCGCCUGCCAAUUGGACGACGAACUGGGUACCUUCUCCAGCCGGUGGGGCCGCAUUCUUGAUGAAUCUGCGUUUUUAUGGUCCUGAAAGUGUGUUGACAGAUGGCACUUGGGUAUAUCCUUCCGUCGAGAAGGUUACGGCUUUCACGGCUUGA